UAUUCAUGGUGACACUAACCUGAUAGAGAAGAUUUAUUGCAUGAAACAUUUCGAGCAGCCACUCUCUUCUCACCAAAGAGCGAGCCCAUUGACAGCUGUCGUAAUUUGACAUCCAGCGCUCAUGCUGUCCCGUCUCUUCAGUGAACGAUUUGUUUACAAACGUUUAUCAGCAAAAGUUAAAUGAAAAGUGUCUUUCUCCAGCGAAAUUGUGUUUUGAGCCAUGUCCGACAACGAAUACGAGCGUUUUGAAAUCACUGAUUACGACAUCGAAAAUGAAUUUAAUCCAAAUCGUGGCCGGAGGCGGCAGACAAGGCACCAGCAGAUUUACGGCAUUUGGGCCGAUGACAGUGAAGCCGAGGAGGAAGAGGAGUUGUCGGCUCGACGACGAGGACGUGGUAAAACCAAGGACUAUUCCGCGCCAGUAAGCUUUGUGGCCGGUGGUAUCCAGCAGGCCGGGAAGAAAAAGGACCAAGAAAAGAAGGAGGAAGACGAUGGAGCUCAGAUUACAGAUGAAGAAGAUGACGGCCCUUCCACUAGCCGAAAAGACGCGCACACCUCUUCAGAAUCAGAUAGUGAGCCCGAGGUUCGUCCAAGCAUGUCGGGCUUUGGAAGCGGACCUCAAUCGAAGCGACCAACUCCCCAUUCGUUUUCGGGGCCUGCAAAACUUGCAUCAUGGGAACAACAUACAAAAGGUAUCGGCGCAAAGCUUCUACUGCAGAUGGGUUACGAACCAGGAAAAGGUUUAGGAAAAGAUUUGCAAGGUAUUUCGCGACCAGUGGAAGCUCAUAUGCGGAAAGGCCGUGGAGCUAUUGGUGCAUAUGGGCCCGAGACGCCGGCGAGUGUUCCAGGACAAAAGGCAAAAAAAGCCAUGGAUGAAGACGAGCGUGAGGCAAAGGAUUUCAAGGAAAAAUCGUCAUUGUGGCGGAAAGAUACAAAGUUGAAAAAGGAAAAAAAAAAUCGCUACUACUACCGAACUGUUCAGGAAGUUAUCGAGAAAGGCAAGAAAAGUAGCUCAAUCUUGGGUGAUCGAUUUAGCAACAAACUUGGAAACGUUCCUGUAAUUGACAUGACCGGUCCGGAAAAACGUGUCCUCAGCGGUUACCAUGCCAUCGGACAAACGAAAAUUCAGGACGAAGACGUCUUCGAACAACGUGCUAUGAAAAGAUGCACCAACUUUGCACUACCCGAGCUAAUGCACAAUUUGAACUUGAUCGUUGAGAUGUGCGAACAGGAAAUUAUUUCAAUUGACAAAGCGGAACACGAGUCAAACGAUCGUCAAAAGCAGCUUGAGCAUGAAAAAGAAAAUCUACAAGAAAUUAUCAAGUUGGAAGAUAACCACAUCUACACCUUGGAGAAAGCGUUGGAGCUUGUUGAAGAUCUAACAAAUCCGAAAGUACCUCUAACUCUUUCGAAGGCCCGACGAACGUUCAUGGAAUUACAAACAGACUUUGCUACCGAAUAUAAAGAGUUCGGUUUGGGAGAUCUUGCGGCCGGCGUAAUUGUCCCUCUAGUCAACAACGAACUGGCGGAUUGGAAACCACUUGCAGAGCCAACUCGACAUGUUGAAACAAUCAAAGAGUGGAAGGGAAUACUCGAUAUGCAUCUACCGGAGCGACGAAAUGUUUUUGAUCCGUAUUCUUCUAUAGUGUGGGCUGGCGUAAUACCAAGUUUCCGGACAGCUGCAGCAGAAUGGAAUCCGAAGCAAUAUCAACAAAUGGCAGCAUUGUUAGACUGUUGGGCUCCUAUUUUCCCUACAUGGAUAUUAGAUAAUGUUUUGGAGCAGUUGAUAUUGCCUCGGUUACAACAUGCUGUGCAAAAUUGGGAUCCUUUGACGGAUACGAUCCCCAUUCAUGUCUGGGUGCAGCCAUGGAGUUCAAUUUUGGGCCACAAAAUGGAGGAAAUGAUAUAUCCGACAAUCAGAGAGAAACUUGGUAACGCGCUGCAAGCUUGGGUACCACACGAUAGAUCAGCAAGAGCAAUGCUUACCCCAUGGAAAGGUGCCUUCGGCGAAGGGGAGAUGACAAGUUUCCUUCUGAAACACAUUAUUCCAAAGCUCCAAAUCACUUUGAGUGAAUUAAUCAUAAAUCCACUUCAACAAGAUUUGGAACUAUGGAACCAAGUUUGGGAGUGGCACGAGCUAAUACCUACCCUACUCAUGGCACAACUUCUCGACAAGUUCUUCUUCCCUAAGUGGAUGCAAACGCUUGUCAUCUGGCUAAAUCAAGCCCCAAAUUUAGAUCAGAUUUCACGAUGGUAUACUGGCUGGAAAAAUCUGCUAACCGAUGAUAUUUUGCAACAAACGGCAAUAAAGGAGCACUUUAGGCGAGCACUGGAAUUAAUGCACCGCGCAACUGGUGCUCCAAGUGAAUCUUCAACACCUCCACCGCCUACAAUACCGAAUAUUAUGCAACAGUCUGUACCGGAAUCUAAACCGCCCGCUCUGAUGGAUCUACAAAUCGAUCCACCAGUUCAAUUGGAAUUCAAGGAGCUGGUUUCGCAACGAUGUGCUGAACGUGGAAUUAUUUUUGCACCAAUGCCUGGGAGACGGGAAUUUGGAAAACAGGUAUACCGCAUUGGAAAGUUGUUCUGCUACAUUGAUCGAUCAGUACUCAUGGUGAGUGACGGUAGCUUCACCAAUUGGACACCUACAUCCCUGGGCUUAAUGCUGGAAAGAGCGACUACUGGUUAAUGUGAAAUAUAAUUUGAUAGUAAGGGGCAUUUUCAAUAACAAAUAACUGAAAGUACAUACAUGAUUAGAAAUUUGAACUUUUAUUAACAUUAUUGUAAAAAAAUAUAGUUUUUUAAAUACGAA